AUGGAGCUCCUUGUGCUGGAUUCCAUGAUUGGCACUUGGGUGCUGCUGCCCAUCGUCCUCCUGGUACUGCUCUGCUCUCUGCUGAGACAGAAACUGAUGGACACCUCGCCAAAGACUGAUACGCAGCCAGACAUGCAGCAGCAAUUCGUUUCGUCGGUAAUUCUGCGCUCGCAGCUGCUGCGCGGGCCGGGUUUGUGGCUUUUCGCUCCUAGAAGCUUCUUUUGUCGUCAGCAGCUGCUUCUUGGAUCUCGGGGAGGGCAACACCACCAGCAGCAAGGCCUCCUGUGGCUCGCUCCAGAAGCUUCCGCCGUGCGGAGUCUCGAGAAUUUUGCGAAACAAGACCCCUCAGUCGCCUUCUCGGCGAUGAAGUCACAGCUGGCGUUCAUCAUAUUACAGGGUGGAAUGGCGUAUUUGAUUAACACAUUUUUCUCUGGCUUUGUUGUUGCCAAAACGCCGAUCAGUUUGCCAUACCGAUUCAAGGCGAUGCUACAGAGGGGGGUCGAUGUACCCUUGUUGCAAGUAAACUAUGUUUCGUCUCUCUCCUGGUACUUCUUGGUCAUGUUGAGCAUUGGCGGUCUAUUCUUUCUGCUAAAUUCUAUUUUUACCUCGUCUUCUUCGUUUUCUGCCGGGGGAUCUGAAGGAGACGCGUUUCAGGAUAAUGCGAACGCUGCUCUCACUGCCGCUCUAGGGAUGCCUCCAGGAGGACCAGCCGCUCUAAUGCCGGGCAUGGGAGGUCCAGAACCUAAGAAGCUCUUUAAACAGGAGCGCGAUUCCCUUCAAGUAGCUCAACCGACAGACGCGAUCUUCCAGAUGCCUAAACGCCUCUUGCAAGAAUGGAAUUUAAGUUGCUAA